UCCUCCUCCUCCCCCCCCACCCCCCACCCCCGGCUCCUCCUGCGCUCGCCCCGGCACCGAUUGUUGACAAAAGACAGUGCGAAACGGAGCGAAGGAGCCCAGAACCCCGGUACCGGUGAGCAGAACCGCCCGUUGACUUGACUCGUCUUCCUCGAGGAGGACGGGAUCCAGACGGCGGCGGCUGAGGGGGGAACGAGGACUCUCCCGCUCCGAGAAAACCGUGUGGCCGAGGUGAUUCGGCGGUGGUCGGACCGCAGCAGGCCGGCGUGAAGUGGACCCCCUCCUCCUCUUCCUCACCUCUCUCCUUCCUGAAAACCGCCCGUAUUUACCGACUAAAGCAGGGGCCAAGAUGGGUCAGUGGCUGUGAGCACCAGCGCCAGACCAGCGUCGCUGGAGGAGGCGGCGGCCUUGGGCAAGUCUAUUCAGCCGGGAAUGGUGUGAGCUGAGGCAACCAGGCAGUCUGGAUCUAACCGGGGAUCCAUCCUUCCCCCGGAGCCUCCGCGGCUCCAAGCCGCGUCCUGAGCCCUCCAAAAUGGGGAAGUGCGACGGAAGAUGCACGCUGCUGGUGAUAUGUUCAUUGCAGUUGGUGGCGGCCCUCCAGAGGCAGGUGUUUGAUUUUCUGGGCUACCAGUGGGCCCCUAUUCUGGCCAACUUCCUGCACAUCAUGGCUGUCAUCCUGGGCAUGUUCGGCACCGUGCAGUUUCGCUUCAGAUACCUCAUCUUUUAUGCAGUUUGGCUGGUUCUCUGGGUGGGUUGGAACUCCUUCAUCAUCUGUUUCUACCUGGAGGUUGGAAACCUGUCUCAAGACAGAGACUUUCUCAUGACUUUCAACACAUCCCUUCAUCGUUCGUGGUGGAUGGAGCACGGUCCUGGUUGCCUGGUAACGCCAGUGCUGGACUCCCACAUGGCCCCUGAUGACCACCAUGUCAUCACCGUAUCUGGGUGUCUGCUUGACUACCAGUACAUCGAGGUGUUGAGUUCAGCCAUUCAGGUCCUUUUGGCUCUCUUUGGCUUCGUAUAUGCCUGCUACGUAAGCAAAGUCUUCCAGGACGACGAGGACAGCUUUGACUUCAUCGGUGGGUUCGACUCUUAUGGCUACCAGCCUCCUCAGAAGUCCUCUCAUCUGCAACUGCAGCCUCUUUACACGGCUGGUUAACCGUUGCUAGCGCCCCCUUCAGGCCAACCCCUGAUGGUGUCACUGUGGAUGGAAAGCGGCGGUCGCCCUUGAUUACACUCACUCUCUGUGUCACAGUUUACCUGAGGAAUGGACAUAACCCCACCCAGAAGGACAGGUGUAUGUGCGUGUGUGCAUGUGUGAUUGUGUCUGACAAAUACAGCCCUGAAUAGAAUGUACAGAGCUCAGGGAAGAAACCAGCAUGCCAGAUGGUGCGGUGAGAUGAAGGAGACGUGGUGGAGGGCAGAGGAGAUGCAGAGAACAAGAGCUGGGACACGUCUGUCAAAUCACCGAAGACACAGUUCACUAAACUGCCAGCUCUUCACACUCCCACUCGUGUGUGUGUUUGUGCGUGUACUUGUGUAACUCCACAGGACUAGCUGGUGCUUCGUGGUUGCACCCUGGACUCUUACCACUUGGUGCCCCUGUGAAUUUUUUAUUUUUUUUUGGGGUGGGUGCUCCUGUGUGUGUGUGUGUGUGUGUGUGUGUGUGUGCGUGCGUGCGUGCGUGCGUGUGUGUGUGCGUGGGGAUGUGGGUGGGGUCACAUAAUAAAAAGAGGCACAGCUCGUACCUGUUGUCGUUUUAGAAUGUGUUGAUGUCAAACUAGAGCAGUCUUAUGAUUCCCGUUCCCAAAGCCAUCUCUCCUUCCUGCCUGGCUAUUAAAACCCACUGUUGACAUUUAAGCUUUUCACCUCACAGCCUGGGCCUGUGGAGGUAAUAAACCAGGGCUGGUGGAGUAGAAAGGGCAAGGACAAGGCUGGUGAUAUUUUAUAUGUUUAUUACUGUAAAAAAAUCCCAUGAAAAGACCAAAACAGUCAAUGUGUUAUCCCGUCUCAGUGCUUCCCAGCAGCUUGUCUGUGGCACUCAAGCCCAUUUUUUCUACUUUAUUUUUUUUUUUUAAAAGGAACAAAUUAUUUCCUGCAGCAGCUGGACACUGUGGUUUUUAGCAAAGGUCACUCAAACAGGUGUAGUGAUUGUAAAUUUACUGGGACUAUUUUCAGCUGCGGAUACGCUGCUCUGUUGAGAAGCGGGCCGGUGUGUGUGAUUCAUUCAGAAUAAACUACAGUGUCCAAGUUUCUUGUAACAAAGGAGUGUCAUCCAGUGCAACGGUCCGGCUGACUGAUGGGUUUUUAAUAGCUUUGGACAAAAAUAGAGCGGUAUUGCAUAGAGGAAAAAGCUAUAUCAGGCUUCAGCUCUGGAGACGGUAUUUCUUAGAGGGAUCAAUUCCUGAUUGGUUUUGUUUUUUACAUAAGAUUUGAUCACAGUUAAAUUAAAAAAAAAAAAAAAAACAGAAUAUCACCAGCCUUAUCCGUCAGAAAAUCAAGUCAAAUAUCCAGGUUGUUUUGUUUUCAGGUAAAUAAAUUUAACCUGUUGUACAUGUGCCACUGUUGAUUAGGGUUGCAGAUGGCUUUGGGAUCAGGCAUUAGUAUGUCUGUGGGGGUGGGUGGGAGCAGUGGGGAUACUGUGCAUGUAAAUAACCAGCCAAUGAUUGUUUUGUUGGUUCCAUUUAGAAUAAAAGGGGGUUGCAUUAGUGGGUGGGUGGGAGUCGGGGAGUGGGUUACACAGCAAAGUUUUACUUUGUACCUGUUUCUCUUGUUCUCUCUUUUUGCGUAUCCUCACACUACUUUUUAACCCAUCUGCAGCUAAUAUUCUCCAUUAUCAUCUCACUAACGACAUAGGCCCUGACGCUCAUUCGCUGCUCAGAGCAUAGAGAUAAAGGAGGAUAAAGUGCGUACAUAGUGAAACGCUCUGAGUUUUUGUAGAUGUAACUGGAGACAUGAAGAGGGAAGGAGGGAGACAGGUAUGAUGAAGACCUUAUUGGGUGUAAGAUGAAGUUUGAAAUAAUAAAAAUACACUUUCUACAUUAAA